GUGACCAGGUUGCCCAUUGUGCAUUGGAACGAUGUUUAUCGUGUGACUCCCAAGAAAGUUUCCGCGGGCUCUACGGGAACCAUCGAUGUUACCCGAUUCGCUUCAUUAUUAGACGACAUACGUAGUCAAUGGACCGCUCGAUCUGACGGUGCACACGAUGGCCUUUCUCUCUUUUCGGGGGACCUUUUUUCGCCGUCCGUGGAGAGUACCGUCACCAGAGGGAGUCAUAUGGUUCCCGUAAUAAAUGAACUGGCGCCAGAUGUAGCUUUGACAGGAAAUCACGACUUCGAUUUCGGUUACCCUCAUCUGUCAAAACUCGUCCAAGACACUCGAUUUCCCUGGUUAUUGAGUAACGUCAUCGACGAAGACACGGGCCGCGUGCCUGAACAUUUGCAGCAACUUCAAGUGGUCGAGCGAGUGGGUCUACGAAUCGGGAUAAUUGGUCUCGUAGAGGAGGAUUGGAUCACCACAGUACCUUCGUGGCCUCGCAAUUUCAAGUUCAGGAGUAUGGUAGAAACUGGCUUAGAGCUGUCGGAAAUUCUUCGCAAACCCGACGGCGAAUAUAGAUGUGAUCUGAUCAUUGCAUUGACUCAUUCCCGUCUUCCCAAUGAUAUCCAACUUGCCAAGGAUUUAUUUGCCUUAUCACCGUCCGCUCGGGAUACAUCGCCAAUUUUCUCCUCCCACGGUGUAGAUCUUAUUUUGGGUGGCCAUGACCACGCGUACUUCGCGUCGAAAGGGGUGUCAUCUUGGGAAGGAUACGACACUAAGAGCGAAGCUAUUGGUGCUAAAAAUGACCAUGGUGAUGUGUUGGUAGUGAAGAGUGGAACUGACUUUAGAGAUCUGAGCAAGCUUAUACUUGAGCUCGAAGAUGCCCCCGAAGGUAGUAUCAGACGCCAGGUGAUCAAAGGCAUACACGGGAAGCGUCAUGCAGUUACACCGGACAUCCCUUCGUCCGAAAAGCUGCAGAAAAUUGUUAGCUCGGUUCUCUCGUCUGUAUCAGGAACAUUGAACGCCCCGGUGUGUGUGACCGAAGUGAAGUUGGAUCUACGGUCUCAAUUACUAAGAACCAAUGAAACAGCAGCAGCGAAUUGGUUUGCAGACGUCCUAAGGCACGCGUACGACGACGCAUUGUGCACUAAAGUUGGCAGUGGAUCAGACGGCGUCCUCAUCAGUGCAGGAACUUUACGAGGCGAUUCGGUCUACCCCGCUGGUGAAAUUACCCUUGGGAACAUUCUUGAGAUAUUGCCUUUCGAAGACCCAGUGGUGGUGAUUGAGCUAGAUGGCCAAGGCUUGUGGGAUGUACUAGAGGUGGCUUUAUCUAAAUUUCCUGCCCAGGAAGGGCGCUUCCCGGUAAUAUCUGGUUUCCGGGUGACCUGGGAUUCUCGCCUUCCACCUGGCCGACGCGUGUUGGGCAUAUGGUUGGUACAGGAAGCGCCCGGCUUCGGAAGUAACGGCAGUGAGAUACCUGUUCUCGUAGACGGGGAAGAAGUCAAGCGGAACAAGACGGGGAAAGCAUACAAGAUUGUGACCAGGCAGUAUAUGACCGAAGGGCAUGACGGAUUCACGCCACUUGUCGGACGUAAAUACCUGGUCGACGACGAAAAUGGACAACUCAUGAGCGCGCUCGUGAGGAAAUAUCUCCUUGGCUGUCGCUUUGUGAACAGUAUUCUGUCUCGCCAGAGCUUGAAAGGGAGCCUUCUGCAUGAAGGAACCCCUAGCAUCAUUGCACGGGAAGUCAAGCAUCGUAGGUGGAAUGCGGGUGAUAGGAAGGCGGAGACUACCGGCAGAUGGCAAAAUGCAAUAGCUGCUGCGCGCCGUCUGCGCUCCAAAGCUCACUAUUUGGAUCACAUUAAUGUGAGCGCAAGAGAGGACAUGAGCAGCGUGGACUGUUUCGAUGGAAAGACAGCCCGUCGUGGGGGAGGAACAGCCGUUCAAGUGGAGUUGAACGAUUUUCACCAGGAUCUGCCGGUGAUUCACCCAGAAGUGGAUGGCAGAUUAAAAGAUGUGGGUAGAAUGGAGACAUGAUACUAGGGACUAUUAGACCUAUCACAGCUGAGAUUGUGCAGGUACGUAGAGUCAUGAGGAAACUGGGAUUUCGGGGAUUUGAAUUUUGGGUGCUCAGUCUCCAGUCAAGUUGCGCGCAUGAUGUGUGACGAGACCUGAGGCAGUACCAAUACCAGCACCGCCUAGUACCACUUU